AGAAGAAGAAACGGGUGUCACGGUACUUUUAUCAUCUGGAGAAGCUGCUUAUUAUUGUGUUUCUUUUAAUUUCAUAAAGAAUUACCCGCGAUGCCUCCUAAAAAGAAAGUGACGGUGGCAGUGGAGACUCCUGAGGUGGCUGAGCCGUCCUCCAGCGAAGCUGUGGUGGAUGAGAACGAUGCUGCAGCGCUGCGUAAAAUUGCAACUCACCCGCCCACAGCCAUCAUGGUGAGAGAGGCGCUCAAAGAGCUGGACUCACGCAAGGGGGUUUCAUCCAAAGCGAUUCAGAACUACAUUAAACAAAAAUACCCCUCGGUGGAUUCGGUGAGGUUGAGGAACUUGGUCCGCAGAGCGCUGAAAAAAGGAAUUGAGAACGGCACCCUGGUGCGCCCUGCCAACUCCAACGUCACUACGGGCGCCAUAGGAAAGUUCAGGCUUCCACCAAACGCCAAGGCGGCAAAAGCAAAGGGUGAGAACGCGGAUCCUAAUGCGCAAAAAGCUCCAAAAGCAGCCAAGAAUGCAGACAAGAAGUCCCCAAAAGCAGGUGCCACAAAGGCAAGUGCCAAGUCCCAGGAGGAACCAAAGCCGCCCAAAAAGUUGAAGAAAGCUGAAGAGGCUGCAACCACAAAGGCUGCUCCAGCAAAGAAGCCUAAAGCCAAAAAGGCUGCAGGGAAAGAGGACGACAAAGGAGCAUCGGAUGCCCCCAAAAAGGAGGCAAAGGCGACCAAGGAACCGAAGGCGUCCAAAAGUAAGGCUGCUAAAGCGGACGCUGCUGACGCUCCUGCCACUAAAGCAACUGGGAAACGAGGCAAGAAGACCGCGGAGAAGACGGCAGAAUAAACUUAUUGCUCUUAACUGAUUUUUAUUCUCAAUAAAAUCUUAUCUUUUGGA